GCUUAUUAGAAUUGGGAGGCUUGUGCUGGGAGAGAGAGCAUGUAGCUGUCACUCUUGCAGCUAGCAGCAACAAUGUAUCUGUAGUGCAUACCUGUGAUGUCUCUAUUGGGGAUGGGGGUGAGUGCUGGAUACAUCAUAGCCUUUUAGUUGCUGCUGUAAAAUAUAUGUGAGUUAAUGAUGGACAACCACCCUGCUUGUUUUUUUUGGAUGGAUUUUGAACAGAACCCCAGCCCCUGUAGCCUGUUCUCCCCACCCACCCCAUUUCCUGGUCCUCCCCUGCCCUGCCCACCUCACAUGGCUAUUUUAAUGGGUGACGUAUUAGAAAGCUAUAUUUGGCCUGCAGAGCCCCGCCCCCUUGGGAAGGCUGUGGUUGGAAUUGGGGCUGGGGCUUAAUGUUUGUUGCCCACUUGUCUGGGGUGGGGCGAAUCCGUUCAACUUCUUAUUGUCCCCUGACUACAGCUCACCCACCCCCACCCUGAAACUGCGAAAACAACUGUAUCAGCAGUGGAGUCUGGCUGGCAGCUGACCUGGCCUGGAUAUGGCAGGGUGUGGUGUAAAACACUUACUCAGUGGCCAAAAGUCUACCAUUAAACAAUUAACUGUUGACUUCAUGGAUAUAUGCGAGUCCAUACUGGAAAGGAAGAGACAUGACAGUGAGAGGUCCUCUUGCAGCACAUUGGAACAGAAUGAUUUUGAGGCAGUGGAAGCCUUGGUCUGUAUGAGCUCCUGGGGUCAGAGGUGCCAGAAGUGGGAUGCUCUGAAGAUGAGGCCGCUCACUCCAGCCUCCGACUCUUCUGAUUACAUGAUACAGUGCGAUCCUUGUCCCGUCAUGUCGAAAGAUUUCCACUCUCUGUCCACCCUGUGCAUGACUCCUCCACACAGUCCUGAAUUUGCAGAGCCUUGCACAACACUUCCCGCUACCUCUCAAGUGACGUAUUCCAAGCCUGUGACCAUCAUGUCCAGCACUUCCCUAUGUUCCACGCCAUCUUAUGAGGUGUCCAAGCCAUUUGCUUCUAGAGCACACAUGGCGCCUACCCUGGGGUCGGAAGUCUCUGAGAGGCCUUGCAGGGCAAUGGUAACAAGCGUCAUACGUCACACAGCUGACACAUCUGCCUUCCAUCACUUUCCGCAAUCUCCUGUGAGAGUGAGGACACCAGCUGUUGAUGAUCUACCACCGGGGAAGUGCGAAGUCAAACAUUCCAAGCUCACCAAAGAGACAAAUGACAUUGAGGGCCUGUCAAGAAGCUCCUCACCAGUGCACCUUCCUCAGACUGAUAGCUGCCCAAAUAUAGGCGCUGGCAGCCGGGAAAUAGAUAACGCACAGGCAAGAAAGCCAGUGAAAUGUGAAAAUGAAAACUCAAACGAUGCCAACCAGUUGGCUUCUGUUUCUGUUCCCAGUUCCCCCGUUCUUUGUCAGAUGAUUCCAGUUACUGCGCAAGCUGGAGUCCUCUCUGCUUUCAUUAAGCCUUCUCCUCAAAAUCCCAUUAAGCCAAUCCUGCCCCAAACCACAGUGCUCUCACAGCCAGUCCUGAUGGGCACUCAAAUGUCUCAGGGAACCGUUAUGUUUGUCCUUCCUCAGUCGCCCGUCACACAAGCACCUCAGCCGUGUCCACAGACUCUAAUGACAGUCGGGAGCACAAAGUUACUGCCUCUUGCCCCAGCGCCUGUGUUUAUCACUUCAGGGCAAAGUGGCCCUCCGCAAAUGGACUUUUCCCGAAGACGAAACUAUGUCUGCAAUUUCGCCGGCUGUAAAAAGACAUAUUUCAAAAGUUCUCACCUCAAAGCACACCUUAGGACUCACACAGGAGAGAAGCCUUUCAGUUGUUUCUGGGAAGGCUGUGACAAAAAAUUUGCUAGAUCAGAUGAACUGUCCCGGCAUCGCCGAACCCACACUGGUGAAAAGAAGUUUGCCUGCCCAGUGUGUGACCGCAGGUUCAUGCGCAGCGAUCACCUCACCAAGCACGCACGGCGGCACAUGACCACGAAAAAACUGCCCUCAUGGCAAACAGAGGUUGAAAAAUUAAACAGAAUAGCAAUGUCUGAUCAACCAAACGCUGGGCCCUCUCUAAGCAUGUUGGUAUCCAUGCCUUCACCGGUGUGAACGUGACUGAACAAAAAAAAUAUAUAUAACAUCAAAUUUCGCCUCGCGAUUACACACUGAAGAGCACUCAGUGACUUAAAACACUUUUUUUUUUAUUUUUCGUUUUCUUUUUACAUUGUCAGGCACCUAUCAGUUUUUCUCACUGAAGUGUACACUUUAUAAGUAAUGCAAAUUUAUAUGAAUCUUAUUUACCAGCCUUUUACACAGGAAAAAAAAUCCUAAUUGUGGCAAUAAGCUUUUUUUAAUGUGUAUAUGUAUUGUUCAAAGCAGACAGCAAUUUUUCUCUGCUUUUUUUUUUUUUUCAUUUUUACGGACUAAUAUUUAUUCAAAUUCUUUUUUUUUUUUUUUUCUCUCCUUGUAUUAUGUAAUUAUGUAUGGCGAAACAGACCCACCAUAUAGGACGUACAUGUUUGCAUUCUAAUUCUGUGAAACCCUUGUGGGCAAAAAGCACAGGGGACAUAGCAGAGGGGUUUAUUGGCAAUGUGAUUGACUCUGGUGUGGCUUUCAGGUUUUUUUGGAUCGCAGUCACAAUAUUUUUGAAAACUUCCUACAGUAUCUCACGUUUGGACAAUCUUUUUAAGUCACGUUGCCUUUUCUUUCAGUCUGUGUUUACAACUGUAUACUGUAGUCUGUGCCUGGUUUUAGAUGUAAUUAAACAGUGUAUCUGUGAUGCUUCCUGCAUCAGUUCGAAUAGGAACAAAUUAUGAAACGGCUGUGGCAACAUAGGGACUAGAUAGUUCAAUUGCAGUGGCAGCAGCCAUUUUGUGAUUGGAACUGAUUUUCAUAAAUGUGUUCCCUAUCAAUUUGCUGAGGACACCCCUGAGGUGGAUUGUGUCUCAGUGACGGAGCUAAGGCUUGGGUACACACUUGCCGAUGUCGGCGACAUCGUGCAAGAUCCCCAGCAAACAAUGUCGUUCAUACACACUGAACGAUAUCGUUUGCGUCUCGUCGGUGAUGGCAUGCACCCACAUCCAGGUGUAUGCUGUCUCGUACAAUAUCUUUAGAUCUCAAAUUGAAAACUAAAGAUAUUGUACCUCGUUAACGAUAUAGGGUAUACACACUUGCCGAUGUAUACGACAUAUCGUCCGAUCCGCCGGUUCGGACGAUAUAUCGGCAAGUGUGUACCCAGCCUAAGUCCCAGUAAAUUGAUGGACUGCAUAUUUAUUUAACGAACAUCAUUUAACUCACAUUAUUGUGAGUAUUGACCCUGCCCCUUCUCCUCACACACACAAAAUGGCUGCCUUCACUGCCUAUAGGCAUGUACUUCUGUGACGUGCCAACUGAAUACAUUUUACUUGGUUUUUCCGCUACAUUUAGCCCUGACUAAAUCUUAUAAACCAGUCCCAACAUUUUACAAUUGUUAUUCUCAAACUGGAACAUACACGCCCAUCUACGUCAAAGCAUUGUUGAUAAGCCCAGCCCAUACGUCUAUCAAAGGGAAUUUGAUAUAUUGUGUCUGUUAUUUGUAUUGCACUAUACUUUUAUAUGUCUUGUUUUACCUUUUUUUGGUAUUUUUUUUCCAUUUGUAUGUUUGCAAAUGCAUUUAAUGGGAAAUUUUGAUAGUGACGAUUGUUCAUGAGGUUGGGGAAAGAUGGGUUAAAUAUCACUUUUACAUGAUUUAUAGGACUUUAAGAUAUGUUUUUAACCUGUUAAAAGCUUGGUAAUCAAUGCCUUUUUAAUAUGUCUGAAGUUGCAUGAGGCUUGCAGACCGGUAAAAUUAUAGUCUAAUCUAUUGGAGAUAAAACACAAGAAAAAAUUAGGAUAUAGAGUUUAUACAAAUGACUGAAACUUAAAUCCACAUGUAUAUAUGUACAGCAUUUAAAACCAAGUUUUUACCUGUUAACCAUAUUACAACCGCUUAGGCACAGCAGUGUUCCGGUGCCGCAGUUUGUAAAGUGAAUGGAACAUUUUUUUCUUUCCACAAUACUGCGCAAUGGGUUCACUCAGUAUUAUUACCUCACACAGAUAUUUCUUUUUCAUCCACUAGGGGUCACUGGAGUACUCUUGGGAUAUGGACGGGCGGAGCCGAACAAAGGCACUGAAUAUUCAAAUUUAGGACCCUCCCACCCCUCCAUAUCCCCGAGUACCUCAGUGUACUAUCUCAGUGUUUUUUCGGUGCUCACAGCACGAACAUCGGCUUGUGGUAUAGCCACACUUGGAUUUUUAUUUUUAUUUUUAUUUUUACACUUAGCACAUCCCUUCCCAGUUUCUGGAAAAACAUGGGUCCGGGAUAGUGCCGCUGCACGGGCAGCGCAUGGCGUGUCGGUCCUCACAAAGAGCACCCUCACAGCCACAGACAGCAUGGCGUGUCGGUCCUCACAAAGAGCACCCUCACGGCCACAGACAGCACUGCUUCUACAAACAGCAGCCAGGACUAGAGAGCUGGACGGGCUUGCAAGAAGCCGUCGCAGCCAUAGAUCACUGGAAGCUGACUGGAGCUGGACGGAGCUUACAGACAUAGAAGCCCCGUCACAGCCAGGACUACAGAGCUGACGGAGCUUACAGAAGGCCGUUGCAGCCAUGAGUCACACCACUGCAGCUGGCCGGAGCUUAUACAGAAAGUCCCGUCACAGCCAGAAGUUACAGAAAGGUAGGCUGGGGAGCGGGGCGGUCAGCGCAGGCUGCCGCCCCGCUAUGUGUGGGUUAAGGUGCAGUAGGUUAAUACAAUACAGCUCCGUCCCGCCGCACAGCAGGGGGAGCUCAUACCCGCCAAGCCAGCCACUACCUUCUGAGGAGACAAGCCGUCCCCCGGCAGCCGCCAACUCCGUCCUGCCGCAUAGCAGGGGGAGAUCAGACGACGCUAAACAGCCGCUAUGUAUCAAGACGGGGUCAUCAAACGCCCGUCCCAGCGCUCCGGUCGCCGCCAAGCUCCCUCCUGCCGCACAGCAGGGGGAGAUCAUACGAAGCAGCUGCUCCGUCUGACAUCAGGCCGCCCGUCCCAGCGCUCCGGUAGCCGCCAGCUCCGUCCUGCCGCACACUGGGCUCCGUACGGCUGCACAGCAGGUAAGCCAUACUUAGUACCAGUAUGACCGCCGCUCCGUCCCGGCCUGCAUACACAAAUGCCAGGGCAGGCUUCCAACACGGCCGCCCAGCUACGUCCGGCCGCCCAUCAGUCUCAGUACAGAGACGAUCACAAGUGCAGGCUUCCCGCAGAUGAUCAUAGGGGGGGAAGAGGCACGGUGGAAGCUGGCGGAUAUAUGACCAGCUGGGUAUAUAUAUAUAUAUAUAUAUCUAUCACAGAUAUAAGCUUGUUACCGGUACUGACAGUAAUAAUUGAACUAUAUUACUGGCUGUGAUUUUCAGAGUUGAACCUAUAUUAAUGGCUGCGAUUAACAAGGCGAGGGAGCCUAUAUUAAUAUAUUAAUAUUAAUGUCUGGUGUGAUAAUGGCCUAUCAGCUUAUGUAUAUAUUUAUUCAUAGAACAGUUGUAACCGUCCUGUGGUUAUACUGUAUAAUAACCUAUACGGAAAGGUCAGCAUGGCAAAGGGGCCAUUUUAACCAUGCUGCCUGUUGUUUUCCAGUUUGUGAUUCUGGAACAUUCCUGCCCUACAUCUCUGAGCCACCAGAGGCGCAGGGGUGUUAGUGGGAAUUUUUAAUCAGCAUAAGUAAGCCAUGUAAACUGUUUUUCUACAUGAUUCUAGAACAUUCCUGCCCUACAUCUCUAAGCCACCAGAGGCGUAGGGGGGUUAGUAGGAAUUUGGUUCGGGUUUCAUAGGCCAUGUGAACUGCUUUUCACAUAAAGAUUACUCUGUUUUUUCUUCACAGCGAAUAAAUCUUUUGUUUUUCCUAAAGAUUUCCGUAGAGAGAAUCAACCUUGAGUUAAUAUUAUUUUGCUGUUCACCAAUACAAUAUAUAUAUAUGACAUGAUAACGUCAUAAGGCGUGCAAUGGCUGUCCGUGGCCUAUUGGGGUGUCUGUCUGCAUAGCGAAUAAGGCUCUAGUGCAGACUAAAAAUAACAUUGGCAUCGGAGUCUCGGAAGUUAUUCCGCCAGCUCUAACAAAAGACAGUUUUCCAAAGGAAUUCCCUUUGGGUACCACAGUGUUUAUUUAACUGGUCUUCUAAUGUAAUGCACGAUUCUAUGUCAAAUCUCACACAGAUAACUACGAGUGAGAAGGGUUCAUUAGACCUGCACUCAGAUAGUGCAGGGUUGUUGCCAACAUACAUUGCUAAAUUACAGGGAGUCAAGGUCUCCAUUGUUCCACUUAGUAGACUUUGACCACUAUUUAAUCGUUUACAAUAUGACGCCAUCCGACAUUGGUAAAUGCGUCUGUGUCAAACAUUAUAAAGACCCAUGAAACAUUUGGGUCACUAGACAUUACGGUUAAAAGAAGCUACAGAGUAUAUCUGUAAAGCUUCUAACGACGUUUCAUCGUCGCCAGUUCAGCACAAGGCCACAGCUUGUUGGUCCUACAUUUGAUAUUCAGCCGUUAAUCGAAACGGAAUUCUUGUGCCGGCAUUUAAUCCCUUUAGACUUCAGUUUUCAAGGCGGUGAUACACACACUCACGCCUUGUAACGACAGGUCGCUACGGUCUGCAAGCCAGUAGUUUGAUGACCUCUUUUCCAAUUGUGGGAGCGCGUCUUUACAUGUUACCUUUGCGGGGUUUCCAGACUUCAACAGGGACAUGACUGCCUCUGUCGAACGGAUUGGCAGGUAGCCAUUUGGUUUCUACUGGGUUUCAGCUGUCUUUAUAAUACAGGCAGAGUCAGGGUGGCUUAUUCCCCUCUGGUUGGGGGAACCAAUCCAUACAGCUCCGUCGCAGUUUCAAUCAGCAAAUCACUUACUGCAGUUUGAAAAUGGAUUUGCUGCGGGUAGUAUUGACAUAUUGGAGCCACAAAAUUGAAUACUGGCAUUUGAUCUUCACAAUGCGUAUAUACCCAUUCCGGUUUGUUCAUCACAGGUUUUAGCGUUUGCAAUUCGCCACAACCAUUAACCAUUUCAUGUCUACCGUUGCUUAUCGCUUUGGGUAUUUACCAAAAGUGAUGUUGGGAUGAUAGCUCAUCUCACAUAAGAACUCUGUCUCAACAAAGUUCCUCUAACUUGCGCUACUAAGGUAUACUGCGGUAGCAGAUCAAGUUCGAAAACAAUCGCAUCUAAUUCCGUCUAAACGAUGUCAAGGCCUAGGUAAGAUGAUAAAUACGGUAAAUCAAAGACUUUUACCUACUACACCAGCAAUAACAAAUGUACGUCUAGUAAUUAGUGCAAAGCACGCACACUAGCGGUACAUUGGUGUAUUCACCUAUUAAGAAUAACGAUGGGUUUUUCAAUUUAGUUCGCCACCCUUCACUCGCAUUUCCCACAGAGGGAAAAGGGUGCAUAUACUCUGGACGACAGUCGCAGAGGGUCAGGAUUUGUAGUUAAAAUCAGCAACAAAGGUUCUAAAACACGACAGAUUGCUGUCGAUAUAUGUCCUAGAACUCUGUGCAUUUUACAAUGCUAUACAUGAUUCGCUUUCAGUCGGACCAGGUAUAUACUCUGGUUUCUCUUCAGGACGAAUAAAUCUUUCGCCUUGUACUAAAGAUUGCUGUGGAGAGGAACAACCAUGAGUUUCAUGUAAAUUUUUGAUGCCUGUCUCACGCUGGCCUUAAGCAGUCAAACAAGGCAACGGCAGUUGCAUACACAACAACCAGUGAGAACCAAGUAGCCGCAUGGCAAUGCGGCAGGUAACUCAAAUCCUCAAUGGCUCAGAACACCAUUAUGUGAAAAUGUCAAGAGAUCAUUAUGUGAGUGGACAUCUGUUAGACAGAGGAUCUCACCCGUCAGGAUUUGGAUCCUGAAAACUGGACAUUAAAUCUAGAGGUGUUUCAUAUGUGAGUCCACAGAAGGGGGUUACCCUCAAGUAUACAUGAUGGCAUCUCGCCACAAUUACGAAAGCUCAGUAUGUGUACAAAACAGAUCACAAGGGCAGUGGCGGUGGAGUCUCUCACAUUCAUGUGGUCAUUCAGCAUCGUGUAUCUGGCUCCACCAUUUUCCGCUGCUCUCUCCGUUGUCAAAACGGAUCAUAAGACAGUUUGUCACAGUCAUACUGGUGGUAUCUCAUGGGUUUCGGAGAAGUUUGCUUCUCGAAUUUUCAAGGAAUACUUGCACACGAUCUUGGCCCGCUCAUAAUACGUCCAACCUGUUACAUCAGGGAACGUUAGUUUACCCAUAGUUACCUAUGUACCUAUUAUCUAAGUACCGCAGCUGCGGUUGACGGGGUGAGGGUUCAGACCGCCCUCUUAAGAAAUUGAGCAUUACAGUAUCGGUUAUACUAACCAUGUUACGAAAUAGUAAGCCGUUUAAGGCAGCUCAUUUUUACAAAAUUUCGUGUGCUUACAUAGGUUGUAAACCUCGGAAGUUCCAACAUCAUCCUUCAAGUAACCCGUAUUCUGUUAAACGGGGUGGGAUGGAAAACUGCGUGGAUCUGCACGAAGAGUGCAGGUAUCUGUGUGGUAAACUUAUUUUCAAAGACGUUUGCUUCUGUUUGCGUCUGUACACAUCUUUCUACAAGGUGUCAUCAAAGUUCACACUCUAUUUCUCCCACCUACAGCGCCAGGCGACUUGAAGUUGGGUUCAGAUUUCUUACAGUUUUCAUAUUUUGAACCCUUCAACAAAUGGGAAUUAAGUUUCUCACUUUGGGAAAACAUUUUUCUUCUAGCCUUGGCUUCGGCAAGGGUUCUGUUUUCAUAUUUGGGUGCCUUGUAUUCCAAGCCACCGUAUUUCAGUUUUCUCAUGACAAAGCAGAUCUUCGGACGAAUCACGCUUUCGUAUUCUUCACAUCAAUGUACCAAUAGGGGUUCCUGUGUGGACAGCACAUUCUAGAAUUCUGAAUGUGGUACACGCAUUACGCGUUUAUAUAUGUCCCGAACGUCAACAGUACGUGAUAUGAAUACGUUGUUUGUUCUCUAUGAUACUGCCAACUGGGGUUAGCCAGUUUCUCAGCAGACAUUAUCCAGUUGGGUAAUAAUAAUGACUACAAGUCAGGCUUACUUUAAGGCUAGGUUACAAUCGCCUACGUCAGUAAUAACUCAUCCCACAGGUUCUGUGGGAAUGUCAGACCCAGUGGGUCGUGGAGUGUCUAAAACGCGGCUAUAUAGCCUUCAUGUGCACCAUGUUGGUGCACGUUUACACGUUAUAAAUGGGGCGCCAUCAGCAUCUAGCCUUGGGCUGCCUACUGUUACAAGUAUCAAACAGCUCUCCCGCCCACGAGGGAAGCUUUGGUACGUCCCAAGAGUACUCCAGUGACCCCUAGUGGAUGAAAAAGAAAAUAGGAUUUUGGUACUUACCAGGUAAAUCCUUUUCUUUGAAUCCAUAGGGGGCACUGGACGCCCACCCAGAGCAGUUUACCUGGGUUGUUUUAAGCUCAAGGGAGCUUAGGGUAACAAGUUUUACUUGAUUGAUAUUAAGCUCAGAGGAGCUUAUGGUAACACAUUUUCACCGAUUGGUUCAAAUUAUAAAGUUCUAUCGGUUAUGGCGUCAACUGUUUAGUUGACAGUAAGGUUAUGGGUCAACAUUGUUGUUGUCCGUUAUGUAUAGGUAUUCUCCAUUGUCAACCUCUCUAUAUCGUUCCUGUUCGCUCAGUAAAAAACACUGAGAUAGUACACUGAGGUACUCGGGGAUAUGGAGGGGUGGGAGGGUCCUAAAUUUGAAUAUUCAGUGCCUUUGUUCGGCUCCGCCCGUCCAUAUCCCAAGAGUACUCCAGUGCCCCCUAUGGAUUCAAAGAAAAGGAUUUACCUGGUAAGUACCAAAAUCCUAUUUUUACCUUACAACCAUUUUUUUUUAAAGUCUGUUAUUAUUUGUAGUAUUGCAUGUAGCCUUUUGUGACCAGGCACAAACCUCCUGUACCUCUCUCUGGUUUAGUUCUGGAGUUUUCGAUCAUGACUGUGCACUAUUAAAUUACUGUUACCCAUGCUGGCAUAGGGUUAAUGGAAUUUGUUGACCAAUUACUUUAUUUAGACUUGGGUACAGCAUGAAGAAUGACUGAAUUACCAUGCACAUUCAUGGUAUUUUAGUCGGUGAAUUAUUAAAAUUACAUCUGGUCUGGGGAUAACUUAAAGUGUGCCUGUCACGGUACACACAGUAGUGGUGGCCAUCUUGUGACCUGUACCAAUAUUUAUUGAGUGCAGCCUUUCAGUGAAUUGAGAAGCUGACCCAUUGGUUCGACCUGCAAAAUGGCUGCUGCCAUGGUGUGUAGGCUGGAAGUGCACCUUAAAUCCCAAUCCUCUUUCGACUAGUGUGGUAUUACAUGCACAUGAUCACAAUUUGUGUGUUUUAGAUCACUUCAUGUCACAUAUCAGUACAUUGAAUAAAAAUUGUCUUAGCACCAUAAA